AACACGAUAUUUCAUCGUGUCAGUUGACGUCACCCUUCGUGCCAAAACAACUUCUUUCUCGACGCUGCUGGAAAAUGGCUGGAACAGCUUUAAAAAGACUAAUGGCGGAGUACAAACAGCUAACCCUCAACCCUCCAGAAGGCAUUGUUGCAGGGCCUGUAAACGAGGAGAAUUUUUUUGAAUGGGAGGCUCUGAUUAUGGGACCAGAGGACACAUGUUUUGAGGGUGGGGUGUUCCCUGCCAUUCUCAGUUUCCCGUCAGACUACCCUCUCAGCCCCCCCAAGAUGAAGUUCACCUGUGACAUGUUCCAUCCUAACAUCUACCCUGAUGGACGUGUGUGUAUCUCAAUCCUGCAUGCUCCUGGUGAUGACCCCAUGGGCUACGAGAGCAGUGCUGAGAGGUGGAGUCCUGUACAGAGCGUGGAGAAAAUCCUGCUGUCUGUGGUCAGCAUGCUCGCUGAGCCGAAUGACGAGAGUGGGGCAAAUGUGGAUGCUUCCAAGAUGUGGCGUGAGGACAGAGAACAGUUCAAUCGGCUAGCCAAGCAGAUUGUGCGCAAAUCUCUGGGUCUCUGACUCUCCUGAAUACAUACACACACUCUCACUCCAGGACAGAGAGGAUUGACUGUUGAACAUCUAUGAGAACACAAACCUCCUUCAGAAGAGAAGAAUCUCUGUGCUGAGUGUUGUAGUGUACUAUCUACCCGUACAUCCACCAGUGUGAGCACUUUAUUCAUACUCUCUUCCCUCUGCUGUGAUUGGGUGGGUGAGUGGAAGAAUGGCUUGUGUUGAAAAAUGCAAAAAUGUUAUACACUCACCAAACAUUGUUCCAACAGACGGUCAGGCAUCAAUCACAGAACAAGUACACAAGGUAGUGAUUCACAGCCAUUUUGGACUGCCGUCUUGGUUUUAUAUUUGUUGUUUGUUUUACCUGUCCAUAGUUUUAUGAGAUAACUAACGAAUGCGGCUUUGUGUUGAUGGCAGUAUGCUGAUGCAUGCUUCAAUGCCUUAUAAUAAAAAGCAUUGUAAUAAAAAUCAUACAAGGCAGCAACUUAGACUCUAUCAGAUCCAACAGUUUGUUUAUAAAUGGAUUAUAUUACUGAUCGUUUGGGAUGAUGUAAACGAUCAUGUAUAUGGAUGCAAAUUCUGUAAUAGUUAUAAUAAUUAUUAAAACAAUCAAUUACAUUUCAUAUGAAACAAAGUUUGACAUUUUUGUAAUGCACAUAUUCAGAGUCUUUUCUUUAAAAUCCUACUUGGAUUUAUUUAAAGGGAUAGUUCACCCAGAAAUUUAAAUUCUGAAAUCAUUUACUCACUCUCAUGUUCUCAGUCUCAGUUCGUUUUCAUUGAUAUUCAUUCCAUACAAUGAAAGAGAAUUGUGACUGAGGCAGUCAUUUUGUCUAACAUUUCCUUUUGUGUUCCAUGAAGGAAAGUCAAAUAGGUUUGGAAUAACGUUAGGAAGAGUAAAUAAUUGCAGAAUUUUCAUGUUUGGCCAAACUAUACUUUUAAAGCUGGAAUUACCUCCUGGUGAAGACAAGCCCCUCCCCCAACUUCAUAAUUACUUCUGUCAAAUACAUUUUGAAUUGAUUUGAACAUUUGUAUAUUUCCUAUCAUUUGUUCUCAAGAAUUGUUCAGUAAAAAUAAAAAAUUGAUUUA